CCACCCGCCAGUUUCUUGUGGAAAUACUAUACAUAGGAACUAUGGCUGAAAAUAUGUUAGAUACAAAAUUAUGUGUUGCCCUGCCCUAUCCUACACUGCAUUGCAAUGUGCGCCAGAUCUAAACGGUGAUUGUACUAAAUCCUACGCUCUGCUACAUGGUGCAGUAUGCAUAUAGAGGAACGAUUUUUUACUCCUCUGGUGCAUAGGAUGCAGAGUGGUUUUGAGACCCAUUUUUCUGUUUAAAAAAGCACUUCCUAUACACUGAAAAUUAUUAUAAGCUUUUGCUGUCCUUAUUCCAUCACCAGCAUUCCUGUGGAAUAUGGUUUUUACAGGACUUAUUGCUUUGAUUCAGCUAUGGAAAGGAGACCAACAUAAGAUCUCUCUUCAAUUGAAAAUACUCUGAAAUGGCCAUAUGUAUACAAUUUAUUGGAGGACUAAUAUAGCUUUGUACUAACCAGCUGUGAGACCUUGGUUAGUGUCUCUCCCAUCACAUGUGGCCCAGAUACACAAGUGUUGUGUACCCCAUCAUCAUAAUAUUCAAUGUUUCGCCUAAGGGUCAAGACCAGAGAUGGGAAGCAAUACCCUCUGACAGAUUGCCUUUGUGCUGACAGUACUUUGAAGGACUUACUCCUAGCUGUUCAGGUCAUUACAUUAAUACUUCCGAGGAGACAAAAGAUUCUGAUAGGAUAUCCUCCUAAAGUUAUUAAAGGUAAUCCUGAAAGUACCCUGAGUAGCCUUGGGAUCCAGAAUGGUGAACUUCUUAUAGUGGAGGAAGCAGACCCCUCAACCAGCAUGACUUGUAUAGGGCAAGAGUCGCUACCACCGGAGUCCCAUCCAAAGAAUACAAACAUAUCAAACUUGACUGUCAGCCGUGAUGUGGCGCUUCCAUUGAAGGCUCAGCCAGAAAAUGCUAAUCAUGAAGCAGGGCUUCCAUUCAAGUGUCCAGCCGGCACACUGCUAAAAAAAGUUGUGCCCUCAGACAACUCCUGUCUUUUUGCUAGUGUAUAUUAUCUCAUUAAUGGAGGUGAAUCUAUAGAUGCAAAGCGACUACAAGAGAUGCGAGAACUAGUAGCCAACGUAAUCAAGAGCAAGCCAGACCUGUACAAUGAGGCCGUGUUAGAGCGAUCUAACAGCAGUUACUGUGAAUGGAUUCUAAAAGAUACAUCCUGGGGUGGAGGCAUUGAGCUGUCCAUCUUCAGCCAGUACUAUGAAAUAGAAAUUGUGGCCUUAGACUUAAAAACUGGCAUACUAAAUAGAUUUGGUGAGGAUAAGAAAUAUGACCACAGAAUGAUUGUCUUGUAUGAUGGUGUACACUAUGAUCCUGUUUAUAUGGAGACUUUUGAGGGGAACAACAUUUACAUCUUCCCCACAACCGAUGAUUCUGUGUUGCACCAAGCAAAGGAGGUGGCGAUGGAGGCAAAAAACAGUGGCCAGUACACGGACACAAACACCUUCCGGCUGGAGUGCAAGGAGUGUGGAACCAUUAUCACAGGUGAGGACGAGGCGCUGGCACAUGCUAAAAAAACAGGCCACAGCAAGUUUGAGGAGAUUCACCGUAAUUGAUGUUAAUGUAGUAUUAGUCUAUUUAUGUGUAUGUAGCUUGUUAUAUUUAUAAAGCAUUUUUUGUGCUGUCUUGAUUUUGCAUAAUAGUUUUAAGUGUCUUUUCACUUUGUGGUUUCAAAGAGAGCCACCUCUCUGCACACUCAGUUUUAGUCUUUAAAAAUCACCAGGUAUGGUUGAGUUCUUUCCCCAGGAAGACAACUGCUUGAAGGAAAGAGUGUAGCCAUACAAAUAUAUGUAUAUAAACAGUUUCUUAUAGUAAAUUAAAUCUUUCAGACAAAUGUACACGUAAUGGUUUGUCAGAAAAAGCUUUUACAGUUUUCCAAGCUGACUUUCAUAUAAUGAAGUAAAACAUAUGGUGAUAGGGUGAUAUGAAAAUACCAGUGGCCUUGAAUUUUGGUGGUACAACACCAGCAAACUAAGUAUAGAAUAUGAAAGAUUGAAAAUUGGUGCUCAUCACAGCUCAGCUUGAAGCCUAACCUGUUGAGCAUAGGAUUCUGAACUUCUCAUUUUGAACAAAACUGUUGAGUGACCAAGCCAGAAUAUAAUGUGUUCCUAUAGCUUAAUGAUAAAUGUUUUAAGUUAAUGAUUUUGCACUUUCCAAGUUGCAUUAACCCAUUCAAUGUUGACUUUGGAUAAAGGAAAGGGUCAUGUCAGGUUGCAUUUUUUUCAAAUUGUUUACAUUUUCCUUAAAAGGUCCAAAAAACAGAGGUUUAUUGGGGUAAAUUUUUAUUUCAUGUGACUACUUAAAGUGUGGUUCCUUGUGAUCCUAUCUGCAUAUUUUUCACUGUCUCAGGGCUCAUGAUGUCACACCAAGAAUUUGGAAAUUUAUUUGUGUAAUUUUGUAUGCCUUUAUUAUGGUUAUUACAUUUCUUCUUGUAUAAAGGUAAUAAAUACACAUCUCUUCACAUAAUAAGCACAUAUAUACUUUUAAGAAAAAUGUAAAAUGGAAUGCUUGCAUAUUCAGUCGGCAACACUGAACGGCAGAAAGCUGAGUUUUCACAAGCUGCAAAGCUGAAAUAAAUACUAUGCAGUCUCCAAUCAGCAGUUCUCCUCUCUGACUAUUUCAAAGUCUAAUUUCUACAUUCUUAUGCUUUACUGAUUAUAUUUUCAAGUAGUAAAACCACAUAUGUACAUAUGGGAAUAAAUUACCCACAAAAUAA